GGGGAGUUCACGUGUGCACAACAACUGAGCGCCGGGAAUACUUUGGAAACGAGAGGUGCGUGAUUUGUGAAGAGUAGCUAUCUCAGUGUAUAAUGUGAAUUAGUUAGUAUUUGAGAACAUGAUAUUUGCAUGGGGGUCAGAUAUGCCAGUUGUGUCACUGCUAAGAUUAGCCAACUUUACUAGCAACUUGAUAAAAGCUAGAGUUAAUUAGCUAGCUAAAUGUGCUUUUAAUGCGUUGUUGGAACAUCAUUAGCUAGCUGCAGAGUUCUAUCUUAGUUGUCAAUAUUACAUUUUAAAUUUUUGUUAUUUAGCAGACGCUCUUAUCCAGAGCGAUUUACAGUUAGUGAGUGGAUCCAUUUUCAUACUGGCCCCCCGUGGGAAACGAACCCACAACCCUGGCGUUGCAAGUGCCAUGCUCUACCAACUGAGCUACAGGGGACUAUAUGUAUGCGCUAACCUCCGAAAAUCCUAACCAUAGCUAACUGCAAAACUGUAACGUUACCUUAGUCCUUUGAUCAGUGUCUAGGCCGGGCCAACUUCAACUCAAUCCGUGUAUUCAGAAGUUGGUCAUACUGGAUCCAGGAGUCUUUCCUGCAGUUAGCCGAGCUGGCUCAACCUCAGAAGCAUAGCUAUGGGAGAAUUGCGUUUGCAUUGGUUCACAAUGUUGUGACAAACAGUAUGUGACCUGACCAGGGAAAACUCUGUGCCCCAAUUACAGGCUAUACUUUAAGGUGACUGCUGGCAUUUGUCAGAGUAUCAACCAGACUUUUCUCUCUCGCUGUCUGUAGAGAAUUGUUAUAUUGAUACAGGCGUUGACGUCACGCCCUCCCACUACCUCUGCUGCUAAAGGGUUCUCUGAGAAGCUGCUCUGGACCCGUUUCCAUUCAACAUGACAUCAGAGAACACCCUGUAAGUAACAUCAGAAUAACCUCAGUCUCAUCGUGGUGUAGUUGUCACUGUGUGUUCAUCUGGAGACUCUGGGGUUCUGAUUGUUCUUCUGUUGCCAGGGACGAUGAGGACACCUUCAAGAUCUUAAUCGCCACGGAUAUUCACCUUGGUUACCUGGAGAAAGAUGCUGUGCGUGGCAACGACACAUUCAACACCUUGGACGAGAUCCUGAAGUGUGCCAAACAGAACCAAGUGUGUGUGUGUCUGUGUGUUUUGUGUGUACACAGUGGAAUGUAGUUUCUCUCUCCCCAACACUCACCUCCGUCUGUGUCUGUAGGUUGACUUCAUCCUGUUGGGAGGUGAUCUGUUCCAUGAGAACAAGCCUUCCAGACGCUGUCUUCACUCCUGCAUCUCUCUGCUGAGGAAGUACUGCAUGGGAGACACUCCUAUCCUCUUCGAUGUCCUCAGUGACCAGGCUGUCAACUUCAGCAACAGCAAGUCAGUCUGUGUGUUAGCCCUGACGUGCCGAUGCUAGCCCUUGCUUAGCAUCCUCAAACUUUUUUAACCAAUGAAAAACCAAUACAUCACCUGUCACAAAUGUUGAAUAAUAUUAUAUUUGAACUUACUAUGCAGCAGGGAAUUUGAGAUACAAAUAUCCAUGUAUUAAAGACUUUCCAAACGUGGGUCGUAUGUAGAGUAUAGUAGUGGAUGUGCAUCAAAUCUUUCUCUGUGUGUUCUCAGGUUCCCGUGGGUGAACUAUCAGGAUGAGAACCUGAACAUCUCCAUCCCUGUGUUUAGCGUGCACGGUAACCAUGACGAUCCUACAGGGGUAAGCUCCGUUGCUAGGUUUCGCUCCUCCAGCUUGAACCACAGACACGUGUGUGUGUGUGUCUCUGUGUAACUCUGUCUCUCUCCUCACCACUCCAGGCGGAUGGUCUGUGUGCGUUGGAUCUCCUGAGCUCUGCCGGACUUGUCAAUCAUUUUGGCCGCAGCCAAUCAGUAGAGAGGAUAGAGAUUAGCCCCGUCCUCCUGCAGAAAGGCAGCACUAAGCUAGCCCUAUAUGGCAUCGGCUCUAUCCCUGAUGAGCGCCUCUACAGGAUGUUUGUUAACAACCAGGUGACCAUGCUCCGCCCCAAAGAAGACCAGGACCGCUGGUUCAACCUCUUCACCAUCCACCAGAACAGGUGUGUGUGUGUAUAUACUAAGUGUGUGUGGUACUGUUUGUGUGUGUUUUACAAAAGCCACAAACUACAUCUCUGAGGUGUGUGUGUGUUGCAGGAGUAAGCACGGGGCCACCAACUACAUUCCAGAGCAGUUUCUGGAUGACUUCCUGGACCUGGUAGUGUGGGGUCAUGAACACGAGUGUCUGAUAAACCCCAGCAGGAACGAACAGCAGCUGUUCUACGUCACCCAGCCUGGUAGCUCUGUUGCCACGUCACUGUCCCCCGGAGAGGCCGUCAAGAAGUACACGCACACAAACACACACACACACACUUACAUAUGCUCAAGCAGCACUCACUGUGUGUUUAUUUCUGUGUAUGUUUGUAUGCCUGCGUGUGUGUUCCUGUGGCCAUGUGUGUCAUUGCCUGCGUGUGUGCGCCUGUGUGUGUGUGUCUGUGUGUGUGCGCCUGUGUGUGUGUGCGCGUGUCUGUGCAGGCACAUAGGUCUGCUGAGGGUGAAGGGGCGUAAGAUGAACCUUCAGAAGAUCCCGCUGCACACGGUGCGUCAGUUCUUCAUCCAGGACCUGGUCCUCUCAGAGCACCCUGACCUCUUCACCCCUGACAUGCCCAAGGUCAACCAGAGGGUGGAGGCUUUCUGCCAGGAGAAGGUGAGCACAAGUCUCUCUCUCCCUCUGUCUCAAUUUCAAUGAAGGGGCUUUAUUGGCAUGGGAAACAUAUGUUUACAUGCCAAAGCAAGUGAAAUAGAUAAUAAACAAUAACAAAUGAACAGUAACAUUACACUCACAAAAGUUCCAAAAGAAAUAAAGACAUUUCAGAUGUCAUAUUAUGUCUAUAUACAGUGUUGAAGAUGUGCAAAGUAGUUUCAUGUCUAUACAGUGACUCUAUCGUAAUGUAUAGAUGUCACUCUACUAGCUUAGUCCCCUCUCUUUCUCUCCCUCUCUCCCACCUCUGUCUCUACUCUCUCUACUCUCUUCUCUCUCUCUCUCCAUCAUCUGAUUCUACAGUCCGUCUCUCUCUCUCUCUCGUCUUCUACUCUCUCCUCUUCUCUCUUAUCUUCUCUAUCUAUCAUGUCUCUCUCCCUCAUCUGUCACUCUCUACUCUUCUCUCUCCCCCUGACUCGUCUCUCUCCAUUCUAUCGUAACUCUCAAUGCUCUCUCUCUCCCCUCUCUCUAAUCAUGUCCUCUCUCCUCUCUCUCUCUAUCUCUCUCUCUUUCUCCCCUGACUCUGUCUCUCUCCCCCUGACUCGUCUCUCUCCCUCCUUUAUCUGUCACUCUCUCUAUCUGUCUCUCUACUCUCUCCCCCGAACUCUCUCUCCCUCUAUCUGUAACUCUCUCUCUCACUCUCACUCCUCACCUCUCAUCUCUGUCUCUCUCGUCCAUCGUCACUCUUCACUCUCUCUCUCCUCUCUCUAUCUCUACUCUCAUCUGUACCAUGCACUCAUCUCUUCUCACCUUAUCUUACUCUAUCUCUCUCUCCCCUGACUACUUACCUCUAUUCCUCUCUCUCUCUCAAUACCUCUCGGCCUCUCUGUCCCCUCACAUCUCUCUCUCCUCGUCACUCAAUCUCUAUCACCUCUGCCCGUCCGUCACUCUGUCACUCUCUCGUCACUCUCUCACUAUCUCUCAUCCUCUCUCCUCUAUCUCUCUCUCUCUCUCUCUCUCUCUCUCUCUCUCUCUCUCUCUCUCUCUCUCUCUCUAUAUAUAUUAUAUCACUCCUCUAUCUCUCUUCCCCCUGAGACUUGUCUCUCUCCCCCUGCUCUUGUCUAUCUCCACCUGCCUCUGUUCUCUCUCCCCUGUCUCUCUCUCUCUCCCCCUGACUUGGUCUAUCCCUCUAUCUGUCACUCUCUCUCUCCCCUGACAUUUGUACUAUCCCUCUAUCUGUCACUCUCUCUCUAUCUCACUCUCUCCAUCUCACUCUCUCCAUCUGUCACUCUCUCUCUCACUCUCUGUCUCCCUCUCUCCAUCUGUCUCUAUCUCUCUGUCUAUCUCGCUCUCUCCCCCUGACUCUGUCUCUCUCACUCUCUCUCACUCUCUCUGUCUCUCUCUGUCUCUCUCUCCCUCUCUAUCUGUCACACUCUAUCUCUCUCUCCCUGACACUGUGUUCCCAGGUGGAAGCGAUGAUUGAGGAAGCGGAGAGAGAGAGACUGGGAAACCCCCUUACACCUGAGAAACCCCUCAUACGCCUCAGAGUGAGUGAGACACAAGGAACAUUUUAUACUACAUUUUAUUCUGUGGAACAGUGCAACAGCAUCAAGGGUGUUUCUCAAGGUGACACUCCAUCCACCGUGACCUUUGACAUUUUUAAUUUAGAAUUCCCAUUUUCUUUCUCUUUCUAUUUCUCUGUCACUAUCUUAUUUCCCGCUCUCUCCCUUUUUCUAUUUAUUUCGUGCUCUCCCCCUUUCUCUCGCUCUCUUUCUUAUCUCUCUCUCUCUCUCUCUCUCUCUCUCUCUCUAGGUGGACUACAGUGGUGGUUUUGAGGCCUUCAAUGCCACUCGUUUCAGUCAGAAGUUUGUAGAGCAGGUUGCCAACCCCAAAGACGUUGUUCACUUCAUCAGACAGAAGGAGUACAGGGCCAAAGUUAAAGGUAACACACAAACACCGUGCACACACACCAUGCACCAUAAUCAUAACAUUUGACAAGCCUACUUUUUCUGAUGUUCAGAUCACUCGCCUGUCUCUUUCUUGCUGUGUGUGUGUGUGUGUGUGUGUGUGUGUGUGUGUGUGUGUGUGUGUGUGUGUGUGUGUGUGUAGGUGAAGAGGAUGUUGACUUUGGGCAGCUCCUGAGUCGCUCCUCAACUGAGGGUCUGAGGGUGGAGGAUCUAGUCAAAGAGUACUUCCAGACAGCAGAAAAGGUACACACACAUACACACACACACUUCUCCAUACCCUGACUGUGUGUGUGGAUGUGUGUCAACAUGACUGUGUGUGUGGUAGGGCUGACCCCAAUUAGUCAGUUGUUUGGUGGUUAGGCUGUUGGUCGACCGAGAUUGUUUUAGUCGAGCAGUAAAAAAAAAUAUAUAUUUGCACCCAUCUCAGUGAACUAAUCCAUUGCGUAAGCUUAGACUAAAAGCCAAUUUAUGCUUGAUCCGAAAAUGUGGUGGGAGGCUCCAUAUAGAGGGUGUGACACAAUUGUGGAGCCUCCAGAGGCAUGCAGAGUCCAAAUCGAGCUCUGUACCGCAUCGCCAUUUUGUAACAAUGCGGAGCGCUCUGUAUAGUGCGGCGUUUACAUCAUUGGUUGAUGGUAGGUGGGGGCGGUACAUCCUGUAUAAACACAAACUCACUUCCUUGACAACAGCUCUGCACUGCUCCGCAAAUUCAAAAUUUGAAUGCUCUGACUUCUGCUGAGGCCGUAUCACCAUAAAUGCUGCAUGGCCAAUGCAGACGUUGGAUUGACCAUGCACCCAGAUGCACAAUGCACUCUCUCCAAUUUGUGCAGAUUCAUUGUUUCCUAACUUCAUUGUGUGAAUUGUUUGCGUUUGAUUGUUAGUGUAUAUCAAUUCCCCAUAACAUAUAUCACCAGUAGUACAUUUACCGUUAAUUCCUAUAAUUUGUAAUCUACUAUGUUUGUUACUUUGGUUACGGUCAUUUAUUUUAAUGCAUUCAAUAUUAUUAUUCCAGUCUUCCUGUUCUCAUUGUCUGAGUGGAGACAUUGUUUGCAGAGUGCACAACCUAUGCUACACUUGUGAGAAACAAGUUUUGGUUUAUUUUAUCCAAUUUACGAGUUUUGUCAAUUUAGUCAUUGUCUUUUUGUUUGGAGCGCUCCUGUCAAUGUUGAGUAAGGACGCGCACCUGAUUACGCAAGUCUGUCCAGCUCCCUUUUGAUAACCACUGAGCGUGAAAGCGAAAAAUGUCAUGCUCUGAUCCAGUGGAAACGUCAUAAAAUAGGCCUACCUGAUUACUUCUUAUCAGUGCUUGAAAUAGGUUCCGGUACUCAUUUUGGGUGCUGGUACUGUUUAUAUUUAGGUGCAGGAGCUCCACAAUACUUUUGAGAUAAUAUUCUGUAAGAGGAACAGGAGCUCAAGCAGUAGAACAUUUGAGGUGCCGGUACUCCGCUCCGGUGAACUCUUGCCCAAGUCAAGUACUGCUUCUUAUCCCUUGCGCAAAUAGCCUACAGCUGUGUCUGUCCCGAGCUCACUGGCGUGGGAAACUGAGGGCUCCGAAUAUUUUAUACAAAGUUGCAAGUUCGUUAGCUCCAGCUUCUGGGCUGGACCCAAUUUAAUAGUUGAUACAAUGUUUCAAGUUCGUUGCAGAUAGGCCAUGUGAUUUAUCUGAUAUUUAUUUUUAAUCAGGAUAUUUUCUUACCUGCAAGCUGCAAUGUUUUUAUUUGUUGGCUUUAUGUAGGCUAUUUUUAAAUAAGUGGCAAUGGCAAUAGAAGUUACUUUUUAGGUUUGUAAUUUUCAUUUAGAUUUGGAUAGAAUUUUGAUUAAUCACAUGACAAUGAUUUUGAGAUAUGAAGACGUUAUUAUAAAUUAAAUUAAACUGUUUAACGAAAAUGUGCAUAUGAAAACUAUAACUGGGACGCAGAUCGGUGGCAAUGGUAAGAUAAAUUGGCAUUCCACAUGAGAAAGGUUGCCGACUCCUCGUGUAGCCUAUUACCGGCAACUUCAGGAGAGUAAUGGCAGAAUCUGCGAAAGCCAGCAGGAACAGGAGGAGAAUAGUUGUCAGGUUAAGUUUUGUCUUCUUCUGGUUAUCUAGAUCUCUGGUGCCCUCUUGAGGCAUCAAACCGUAAGCUUAAAGCAUCAGACAAGCUCAAUGCACAUAUUUUAUUUUAUUAAAACACAUAGGGUGUGUCUAUAUAUGGAAAAAUACACGUACAAAUUUAGAGCAAUCGAUUAAUCGAAAGAACAGACUACUUUCGGUUGACUUAAGAUUUAUUUUAGUCGGGGACAGCCCUAGUGUGUGCAUGUGUGUUAACAUGACUGUGUGUGUGUAGACGGUGCAGCUGUCCCUACUGACGGAGCAGGGUAUGGGGAAGGCGGUGCAGGAGUAUGUGGACAAGGAGGAGAAGGAUGCCAUCGAGGAACUGAUCAGAUACCAGCUGGAGAAAACCCAGAGACACCUGCAGCAGAGAGGGGUACUGACAGAGGAGGAGAUUGACCAGGAGGUACGGAGGAGAGGGGGAGAGGAGGGGUAGACACCUGCAACAGAGAGGGGAUUGAUCAGGAGGUACAGAGGGGGAGGGGGUAGACACCUCCAGCAGAGAGGAGUACUGACAGAGGAAGAGAUUGACCAGGAGGUACGGAGGAGAGGGGAGAGAUGAUGGUAACCACAGCAACCUGUUCUCUCCUCAGAUACGCCGUUUCAGAGAAUCUAAGAAAAACACUGCAGAGGAGGCUGAAGAGGUUCAGGAGGUGAGUCAGUCUCUCACACACACACACACACACACCACACAACGCACACCACACGUAUACAUUCAUACCAGUACUCUCCUCCUCUGUAUAGGCCCUCAACAGGGCUAAAGCUCAUCGCAUAGAGCGAGGCGACGCCCCAGAAGACCUGGACCUAUCAGAUGAGCCUGACGUUUCCAUGGAUUCGGAUGAGGACUCUGCCCAUCCUCCCCCCACCAGGGGCAGGGGGCGGGGUGGCAGGGGGAGGGGCCAAACCACAGCCAGGAGAGGAAGAGGUUUGUUUCUCUCCAAGAUCUCAUCACUUAUCUAAAAGCUUCAUUAUAUUUAUGCAUGUAUACAUUAACGACUGCAUUUUGUUUGUUUGUGUGUGUAUGUUGUGUGCGUGGGUGCAUUUUGUGUGUGUGUAUGUAUUUGUGUUUCCAGGUGCAGCUGCUGCAGAGCUGAAGCCAGCAGGUCGGGCCCGUUCCCAGAAGGCCUCAGUGGUAAACCCCAAGCAGGGCAGAAACAUCAUGGAUGGUGAGUGGCUGCUGUGUUUCUCAACCCUAAGUGUAUGUGUGUUAUUGUACUGACCUACUACGUAUCUUCCAUCCCUCCCUCUUUCUCCUCCCUCCAUCCUGCAGCGUUCCAGGCUCCACCCCAGCGGCCAUCGAGAGGGGCGGUGGCAGCUAAGUCUUACACAGACGAGGUUAGUCCCUCACACUCCCCAUCUCUGUUUCUUACUGGUCUUUAAGUGCAUGUCUGUGUUGUAGAGAUGUUCUAAUGUUGUUAUCCCCUCCUCCAUCUCUCCUUCUUCCAUCUCUCCUCCCUCCUUCUUCCAUCUCUCCUCUCCUCCUCCAUCUCUCCUCCCUCAUCUCUAGGUAACCAUUGAUGAUGAUGACUCUGAUGACGAUGUUUCCUUUGUGAAGCCUGCAUCAAGACUGACGCCUGCAUCACGACCAACACAGAGGUAGGAAAGUGUGUGUGUGAUGGGUAGGAGUUGGACAUUGAUUAGUGAUCUGUGUGUGUAUAUGUGUCUGUUUUGUAAUUGGAGGGUAUUAAAGGGGCAGUGCAGUCAAAAACUUGAUAUUCCUAUGUUAUAUAUAUUUUUCCAAACUAUGAGGUUGGAAUAAUACUGUGAAUGUGAAAACGAUCAUAAUAAUGCCCUUUUAGUGUAAACUGUUUGAAAUGUCAGCUUGUUUUGCAUGGGUGGAGUUUAUAUACCAAUAACAAAGAGAGUUUGCCCUCCUCUCUCCCAAUAACAGCUUAGUUUUCAGGUUACACAUUAGGCUCUUCCAAUUAGACUCAUCACUCAGACAGUCCUAGUCAAAUUCUUUACAUUUCAUUUCCAUUUCAGUCAUUUAGCAGAUGCUCUUAUCCAGAGCGACUUACAGUUAGUGAGUGCAUACAUUUUCAUACUGGCCCCCCGUGGGAAUCGAACCCACAACCCUGGCGUUGCAAGCGCAAUGCUCCACCAACUGAGCUACAGCAAAUUCUUGCUUGAGAAAUAGCUUUUUGAUAAGAAGCUGUUUUUGUUUGUUUUAGAUUAAAAUGGUAAAAAAGAAUCACAGUAAGGUACUUAAUUGUUACCCAGUAAUUAUUUGAUAUUGAGUUAAAAACGGCUACAUUGGACCUUUAACAGGUUAACGGUUCUGCGUUUUGUAUUCUAGGACCUCCUCCUCUUCCUCCUCCAGUAGGCGGGGCUCCCAGAGUCAGAGCCAAUCAUACAAAGGGGUGACAUUUGAUGACGACGACGAUGAUGAGGUAAGAGACCUGUGAGAUGACUGAUACGCCUGUUGUAGUGUGUGUGUCUGUCUAACCUCUCUGUCUGUCUCUCUCUCUCUCUGUCUCUCUCUCUGUCUCUCUCUCUCUCAGGAGGAGUUUGACCCGUUUAAAGGCUCCAGUAGGAGUGGCCGGCGAUAG